AUGGGAAAUACAUUAGAUCAAUCAUUCGUAGCGGAAAGUUCAUGGAAACCUGACCUGUUCAAAAAUAAGGUGGUUUUAGUGACUGGAGGUGCAGGGACAAUAUGUAGAGUUCAAGUGGAAGCUAUGGUCCUCUUAGGUUGUAAAGCGACUAUCGUUGGUAGAGAGGGGCAAAAGACUGUUGAUGCUGCUAAAGAGAUUGAAACAUUAGUAGAACAUAAAGAAGGUGAAACAAUCGUUUUGCCCAUUGGUGAUGUUGACGUUAGAAAUUUCGAUCAAUUACAAAUGGCUGUUAAGAAAACAGUAGAAACAUUUGGACACCUUGAUUAUGUCAUUGCUGGUGCUGCGGGAAAUUUCAUUUGUGAUGUAGUCAAUUUGUCUGCUAACGCAUUUAAAUCAGUAGUUGAUAUUGAUUUAUUGGGAAGCUUUAAUACUGUAAAAGCCUGUACUCCGGAAUUAGUUAAAUCAAAGGGAUCCAUAUUAUUUGUUUCUGCAACUUUCCAUUACUACGGUGUCCCAUUCCAAAGUCAUGUAGGUGCAGCAAAGGCCGGGAUUGAUGCGUUAUCUCAAAAUUUAGCAGUUGAAUUAGGACCCCUUGGGAUCCGUUCCAAUUGCAUUGCUCCAGGUGCCAUUGAUCAAACUGAAGGCUUUAAGAGAUUGUCUGGCACUAAUUUUAAAGAGGAAUCUGUAAAGAGAAUCCCAUUGCAAAGAUUAGGUAAAACGAGAGAUAUCGCUGAAGCUACUGUAUAUUUGUUUUCACCUGCCUCUGCUUAUGUAACAGGAACUGUUCAAAUUGUUGAUGGUGGCAUGUGGCAUACAGGAACUUAUUUCACUAAUACUUUGUACCCAGAUAAAUUAUUGGAAAGUAUGAAAUCGAAAUUAUAA